CUCAUUCAUCAUUCAACUUUCGGUCUUAGAAAAAAAACCAUUCAUCCUUCAUGUAUUUCUCUAGCCAAAAGCACUCUUUUGCUUCAUGGAUUCCCCUAGCAGAACACCUGAGAUGAUGAGAGACAAAGAGAAGUUGAUGAGAGGUAAAGGGAAGCUUAAGGAAAAGCUAAUGAUAAUCAAUAAGUAUGUGUGCCACCUUGAGACUGAACAUAAAAAAAUGUUCAUGAUGUACGAAAUCCUCUGCGCAUCAACAACAAGCAACAUCAUCUCGUCAUACUUCAUCUUCACGAAAAUGAAUAAGGCGUAACAAGGAAGACGGUUACAAGAAACUAGAUACAAGAUUAUUUCGUCUCAAUUCAACCUACGACGCUAGGGCUUUUCACAUUCUGAAUGUACCAUACUAUAUUCAACCGAAUCAUGGAUGAUGUUGUUCAACACUACUUCAAGCAAGACAAAGAUGUGACAAGUUGUGACACAUUCCCCCAAACCAAAAACUUACUAUUUUUUCCCUGAUGAUUGCAUAUGGAUUACUCAAUAGACUCUUUGGAUGAGACGUUCCGAAUGGGUGAUAGCACCACACCAGAGUGCCCAAAGGGAGUUUUGCUCUACUACCAUCACCAACAUUUGUGGUUCUCAAUACUUACGUGCACAACCGUGGAAGAUCUUCGUCACGGAAAAAAAGAGAGAGAUAUUCAUCAUUAAGUGGUAUCUCAAAUAAUAGGAAUAAACUCUUACAACCUCAAUUUACCAUAUCAUUACGAAUCCAAAUAUGUAACCAAAUCACGGGACAUUUAAUUCACAGUUAUGAUGCAGAUAUCAAGAAAAAAAAAAUCUCUGGUUCAGUUUCUGUGGACUUCAAAACUCAGCUACCUUCCAUUAAAAAAAAAACUCAGCUACCAAACGCUAUAAAACGGCAUGAAUUUGUGUGCUCACUACUGCACCAAGCUUUAUCUCUUUUCGAUUUUCAGAAUUUCUGAUUCAGAUAUCAAGGAAAAAAAAAACAAAACAAAACAAAACAUCUCCGACAUGAAGUCCUCCAUGUUGUUUCUUGUCGUUACAGCUCUGCUAUUCUCAGUUGCUGUGUUGCCUCCUCCAUGCCAUGGCGGCGCCGUAGAACCCCUCGAUUGUUACAGCGAUUGCAUGGACAAGUGUCCCGGAAGAACACAGGCUUGUUCGGCACAAUGUAAUAUAGAAUGCGAUCCCGAUUCUUUGGUAAAGAAGAUUGGAAAAUAUGGUGUCGGGUCGAAAAAGUGAAUUGAAUUAUGGGGCUAGGAAUCCAUGGACGAAAGACAAAUCUUUUGUUGCAAUAUUUUCGCACCGAAUAAAUCCUUUUGUAUAAUGUUGUAAUAAAAGGGGUUUUUUUUAAUCAUGAAAUAUUUGUAAUAUAUUAGGGGAUAUCACAUCGACAAAGUACAAAAGGAAAUUCAUAGUUCAUACGUAAGAAAUAGACCUUGUUUGUGUCUAACUGAGAGGAGGUAGAAGAAUUUCUGCUUUUAUCCUUAACCUUUUAUGAGAUUACAAGUAGGGAUGGCAAUGGGUCGGGUUGGGGCGGGUUUUAUCAAACCCAAACCCAUGGGUUUAUCCGCCAAAAAAAUCCGGAGUAAAACCCGUUGGGUUUGAAAAACUCAAACCCAACCCAACCCGCUGGGUAUCCGCGGGUUCAUGGGUACCCGUGGGUUUUUGUGGUAAAAAAUUUACAAUAACAAGUUUCUUUCAAAAUAAAAGUUUAACAUCAAUUUUCUCAUACAAAUUAAUCAUACAAAAAAACACCAAUCUAGAGCAUACAAGCAAACCGCAAAUGAUCAAUACAAAUUGUUCAAAAUU